AUGUCCUUCCAAGAUCGUGUCCAGCACCAGAUCGCUCAGAUCGAUAAGGAGCUUUCCAAAUACCCGGUCCUGAACAAUCUCGAAAGGCAGACAUCAGUUCCAAAGGUCUAUGCCUUUCUCGGCCUGGUCGGCAUCUACUUUUUCCUGAUUUUCUUCAACAUUGGUGGAGCUUUCCUGGUCAACCUCGCUGGCUUUCUUGUUCCUGGAUACUACUCUCUCCAGGCUUUGUUUACAACCACAAAGACAGAUGAUACUCAGUGGUUGACGUACUGGGUUGUCUAUGCCUGUUUCACUGUUGUCGAGAGCGCUAUCAGUGCUGCCUAUUGGUUUCCAUUCUACUAUCUUUUCAAAUUUGUUCUUAUUCUGUGGAUGGCUCUUCCCCAGACCAGCGGCGCACAACUCGUCUUCCAUUCCUUCCUCCAGCCAAUCUUUGCCCGGUAUUUCACCAGUGGAUCCACUUCCUCCAACCUCCGUUCCCAGGCAGAGCAAGCCGCCAAGGGCCACUCCCACUCGUCCUAA